AGAGUGAUCGCUCAGAGAAUCACAAAAGCUACCGUCAACUCCACUGUGGCCUUCAUUCUAUGUUUGGUGCCAUCCGCGUUAUCUGUUUUGGGCGGCGAGCCCGCCAUGCUGCCGUUGAUAUCUGUCAUGGUGCACCCUGGAAGGAGAUUCGGGUCCAUGCUGGAAGGUAUCGUCUUCUGUACCACAGGGCUGCUAGUGGGCAACGCUUACUCUCUUCUGGGGAGAUUCAUAGCCCAAUGUAUCCUAGGAAACCUUGAAUAUCUGCCCGACCAGGAACAGCUCGAGUACAACUACGACAGAUACCGUGCCGCUCUGGCGGUUCUUGCUGUAUUCCACAUCUUGAUGCUUUUCUUCCAUGGAUGGAUGCGUGUGAUAUCGCACAAGUUCUUUGGUAUCGUGUUCCCGUUGUUCUUGGUUGUUCACUUCACCUUCACUGACAACCUGAACGUUUCUGCAGGAACCAUUGCGAAGAACUUCACAGUGCCGUUCUUCGUCGGCAUAGCAAUCUCACUGGCGUGCAACUUGGUGAUUUUUCCAGAGUUUGGCUCGUCCUACUUUGGUACAUCCAUGUCGGAUAUCUUGAAUGAACUGCACGAGACACUUGACUAUACCCUCCGGUUCUUUAACCAGAAAUCUACCAAUUACACACAGGAACAAGUCACAUUGGCUCAACUGAUCAAAAAAAAGACCACGCUGAGAUCAAAACUCAAUGCGACUCAGGGUGUCUUGAAAGAAUGUACGUACGAGAUAUCGUACUCUUACUGUUCCCCAUCACAGGCCAAACCACUGAUUGAGAUUCUCAAAACACAGUUGUCAUAUACAUGUGCACUGAUCAAUGCCUCACAGCUACACUACACAACAGCGAUGAAUAACAGCGAUAACGACCAGCUUGAGAAUGUCUUAAGCAGAACGGAUGAUCCACUGUUCAAGCUUCAUAAAAGUAUUUCUCGCUGCUUGUAUAUUGUGAAGUUAUCAAUAGCACAAUCGUACGAUGUCAAGGUUUCAAAGAUGGCUCAACCGGAGUACUUCACAGUUGAAGAGAUCGACAUGACAAAGGUCAACUUCGAGUCGGAGGUACGAACUUUGGCUAGAGACCUUUCAAUGCUUGAUUUAUCAUUCAGAAAAGAAUUUACAUUGCUAAGCAAUGAAUUUGAAAACUACCUUACUCCAAAUGACAACAUGUUCAUCCUUUCGUCUUUCCUUAUGAACUUGAAGGAGACCACGAAUUCGGUUAUCAACAUGAUGAACGUGGCAAACAACAUCCUUCAGGUAAGACUAAAGCGUGAGAAGAAAGGAAUCUUCGGAAGACGUAUUUGGAUGCCUUUCAUAAAGAGCAGAGAGGACUUAAAAGGUUGGUUCGAAGCAAACCAUGGUGACUUUUUCAACUCAAAUGAAUCGGCAAGUUUGAACGGUGCUCCUUCAAUGAGGAUCUACACAGGUGACGUGGUGGAUCCUGAAAAAUCACACUCUGAUGACGAAUCUACAACUGUCUUGUCGACUAAUGAAGAAAAGAAGAACUUUCUUGAUUCAUUGAUUGUCUGGCUUCUCAAGCUUUACCAUUCACACUCAGCCCAUAUCAGAUUUGGACUCCAAUGUGCAGUUGCUUUGACAUUAGCGACUUUCCCGAUGUUUGUACCUGAAGCAAGACAUUGGUUUGUUGAUAUUAGAGGGCCAUGGAUAGGUUUCGUUUGUAUCUUGGUUGUUGAGCCAGAAGUUGGAAGCACGUUCUUUGUCUUCUUUCUAAGAGGUGUUGGGGUCAUUUCAGGUGCUGCUUGGGGAUACCUGUCUUACGUCGCAGGGGAUAACCAGAACAACCCGUAUCUUGAAACUGUCGUGACCGUGAUAGGAGCAAUACCAGGGUUCUAUUUUUUCCUUGGAACGCCAUAUAUCAAGGCAGCGAUUAUCGGUGUGAUUUCGAUAUAUAUAGUGAUCCUGUCAGCUGCGCUUCCCUCAGAAGUUGGUGGAAGCAUAUUGGUGAACUUUGGUAAACGUUGUCUCGCCAUGAUUUAUGGAGGUGCAGUGGCAUUGAUCUGUCAAAUCGGCUUCUUCCCGAACAAGGCCAGAGAUGAGCUGAUCAAGGAAGUGGUCUACAGUACAGGCAAUAUUUCCAAGAUUCUUUUACUUUAUGCUGCUGGCUUAGAUGGAGAGACCGUUCAAGUCAGUUUAUCGGAAAAAAGAUUCCAUACUUUGCAACGACUCUCUAGCCUGACUAGUGCAUCGCUCAUCAGGGCAGAUGCGUACAGAAUCAGUGCUAAGAAAGAACCAAGACUGAAGGGGAGUUACCAUCAAAUCGAAAAGAUCUUUUUUGAGAUCAUCUUUAUUCUAAGACAAAUUUUGGAGAGAGUUGAAAAUAUCGUUCAAUUACGUCGGUCCUAUGGCUCGGCUAUUGUUGAAGAGCUCAACGAUGAUGUGUUUCCUUAUCGCAGACAACUGAUAGCUUCUAUGAACAACACCGUAAAGGCAGUCGAGUUUGCACUGCUCACGAAAUCGCCCCUCCCACAGUACCUUCCUAGUUGCACUGUUGCUCAGAAAAGGCUUAUCGCCAAAGUCUCUGAUGUUAUCAAAACCAAAUAUAAAAGGAAAGAUUCUAUUGACGAUAGCUCCGAUGAGGAGCUUGUGAUGGAUUUUGGGCAUAGAAAACAGAAGAAGAUACUUGAAAACCAACAGGAAAACGUCUUGAAAGAGAGGUUUCUUAGUUGGAAUGCUUCUAGUGCAGCUACAGAAGAGAUUGUCGAGUACAUUGAGGAAUUAGUUGAGCUAACAAAGGUUCUCGUUGGUGUUAAUGAGUUUAAAUACGGGUUCUUGAGUCGUUCGCUAUAUUCUGAGUAUGCUGCAAAAGCCGUUCGUGGAUAUGAGCAGCUGGUACCAAAUAACAAUGAUAACACUACCCAAGAUGAGGAUGACGAUAGCGACCAAGCACUGGAUGAUGAUGAAUUAAACCCAGUCGCUUUUGAUGAUGUAUCCAGCAUUGCAAACACGCACAAAUCAGCCAUGUCUGAAGGAUUCAGAAAAAGAGUGUAUUCUAUUGGCUCAUGGAUCCGUGGAGAUGAACAGAGUACGACUUCUAUGGGCCAGUUCUAUGACGACAGUGAUGAAGAAGACGGUGAUGAACAACUUCCGCUUUCCCUAAUGAGAGUUGCAAGCAGAAGA